AUGUUAGAUACUGCCCAACGAGACAAUGAAACUUCUUUACUGUCAACGACAGCUUUAGAGGGAACAUGGCCAUUAAGAAUAAGUCUGAUGUUGCAAAAAUUGAAAACCGCUUGGGUACUUCCGGCUGUAUGCUAUUCAGCCGUAGUAAACGUCGUGGUGCCCGAGUUGGGGAAUCUUCUACUAGCACAUGUAGUGUAUGCAUCUGCAUACGAAUUGAUUCGUAGAAUUGAUCUAAAGAAUUUGAUAAUAAAUUUAACUCUUGAGCAUUACAAAUCGGACGAUAUAAUAUCACCUCUAUACGGUAUAUUCCUAUCAAUAAUGCAAGAAGAAAACAGACAAUUCAUGACUAGACUCACCAACAUGGAGACUAUUCUCAAAGCACCACCAGUGAGAAGACUGUCUCGCCCGACCCCACCAUCACCAUCAACUCUUGUUGCAUAUGACGACUCUUCCGAUUCAAGCAUAGAAACGAAAAAGAGUUCGAGAUCACAGAAACGAUUAAAUCGCAUAAAAGAACGAAGAAGGUCACAGCGAAAGAAUAGUGAACCUCUGUUACCUUUGCGAGAAAACGUCUGUGCUGAUGACAUGCAAAGAUUAAACCUUGAUGCAAAUGACAGUUACAUACAAUCGAAAGAAGACAUUAAUGACGCACAUAACACCCACGCGACUAAUACAAACAUUCCUACAAAGUAUUACACAAAACGUAUCAAUGACGAAGUACCACUCAUGGAUCCACUCCAAUCAUAUGAUCUGACUCACAUCAGCACGGGAGGAGUUGGCAAAGUGUACAAAGCAACGCAUAAGCGAAGCGACCGUGUUAUUGCUAUUAAAGCUGUGCCGAUAACGUCUUCCAAGUUAAUACAUUUGACGUAUGCUGAAGUGUUUGCAUCGAGAGUCUUGAGACAUCCGAAUAUAGUGUCGUUUUAUAGUAAUUGCAGAAACCAAGACGAUUUAUGUAUAUUGAUGGAGUAUUGUGAGAGGGGUAAUUUGUUAAAAGUGAAGAGUAAGAAACAAGAAUCCAAGAUGAAUGAAAAAGAGAUUGCAUACGUCAUUAGGGAAGUUGCCAAGGGGUUGGAAUAUAUCCAUACUCAAGGAUUUAUACAUCGAGAUAUUAAAGCACAGAACAUUCUUGUCACUAUGGACGGCAAGAUAAAAAUAGCUGACUUCGGCUCAAUUUCGCUUCACCCCCGAGCACACCUUAAACUGGGUACUCUUUAUUGGAUGGCACCGGAACUUCUCUCCGACAAACCCUACGACAACAAAAUCGACAUAUGGUCUCUUGCCAUUACGGCAAUCGAACUGCUCGACGGUCAUCCACCUUGGUUCCCACUGGGCCAACGACGAGUAGUCGAAUUGAUCAAAACAGUUGGAACUCCGCCAAUACCGAGUAACGUGUCACAAGAAUUCGAAGCGUUCUUGAGAAGUUGUUUGGUGGUCGACGUAAAGGAACGGCCGAGUGCAAAAAAUUUAUUGUGGUGUGAUUUUUUGAAAAGUGGGAUUGGAAUCAAAAUAUAA